AUGGUUAAAGAGAUAGAAGGGAAGUUCAACGUCGGGGACACAAGCCUCUACACGAAGACGUGGCUCCCCGACGACCCCAUCACAAACACCAAGGCCAAGCUCGUCUUCGUGCACGGCUUCAGCGACCACGUGGGCCGGUACUACGGCUUCUUCCCGCACCUCGCGCGUUCCGGGAUAGCCGUGUACGCCUUCGACCAGCGCGGGUGGGGCCAGAGCGUGAGCCGCCCCGCGGACCGCGGCCACUCGGGCCCGACGGCGACGGUGCUGUCGGACAUCGCGGCCUUCAUCAAGGGGUCCGCCCUCCCCGCCGAGCCCACGGGGGCGCCCCUGUUCGUCAUGGGCCACUCCAUGGGCGGCGGCGAGGUCCUCGCCCUGGCGAGCACGCCCGAGUACGAGGAGGGCAUCGUCUCGCGCGUGAGGGGGUGGGUCCUCGAGGCGCCCUUCAUCGACUUCCCGCCCGCGGCGAGGCCGGGGGCCCUGAAAGUGUUCGCGGGCAGGCUGGCGGGGCGGGUCCUCCCGCGCGUGAAGCUGGCCAACCCGAUCCCGCCCGAGGACCUGACGCGCGACCCGGCCGUGGUGCAGUCGCUGCGGGACGACGACCUGUGCCACGACACGGGGACGCUCGAGGGCCUGGCGGCGCUGCUGGACCGCACGGCCGAGCUGGCCGCCGGAAGGUACCGGCUCAGCCCCCGGGUGCGGAGCCUGUGGCUCGGCCACGGGGACAUGGACAAGGCGACGUGCUUUGACGCCUCGAGGGCGUGGUUUGACCGCCAGGGGCAGAUCCCCGACCGGGAGUUCAAGAAGUAUGAGGGGGCUUAUCACCAGCUGCAUGCUGACACCGGCCGGGAGGAGUUCUACGCCGACGUCGAGAGAUGGAUCCUCGCGAGGUGCGGCGAUGAGCCCGCCGAGGCGGCGGCCGAGGACGCGGCGCAGGAUGGGGGUGCUGCUCCCAAGGAGUCUGAGGCCGCGCAGGCUCAGGGUGGGGGUGACAAGGUCGGGUCCAAGCUUUGA